GAAGGAUUUUUGUGUAUAAAUAAGAGAGGAGGAGUUGUAAAGGAAAGAAGAGAAGAGGUAAUAUAAGUGAUAUUGCAGAGUGAUUAUUGAUGGCUUCGUUGACGAUGGUGCAAGGUGGAGGUAUGGAUGAACGGUGUGUUCAGAAAAGCUACUGGAUGGAACACACGACAGAGUUGUCGGUAGAGUCGAUGAUGUUGGAUUCAAACGCCUCUCAUCUCGACAAGGAAGAGAGACCAGAAGUUUUGUCUUUACUACCAGCAUAUGAAGGAAAAUCAGUAGUAGAACUUGGAGCAGGUAUUGGAAGAUUCACAGGAGAAUUGGCCAAGCAAGCUGGUCAGUUACUUGCUGUGGAUUUCAUUGAGAGUGCUAUAAAGAAGAAUGAGAACAUUAAUGGGCACCACAAGAAUGUCAAGUUCAUGUGUGCUGAUGUCACAUCUCCGAACUUGCAGAUUUCUGAAGGGUCUGUUGAUCUGAUUUUCUCGAAUUGGUUACUCAUGUAUCUUUCCGAUGAGGAGGUUGAGAAUUUAGCAGGAAGGAUGAUCAAAUGGUUAAAAGUAGGUGGAUAUGUGUUCUUCAGAGAAUCAUGUUUCCACCAAUCUGGAGAUUCCAAGAGAAAAUGCAACCCAACUCACUACAGGGAACCUAGAUUUUACACCAAGGUGUUUAAAGAGUGCCAUAAGAUUGAUGAUAGAGGGAAUUCCUUUGAACUUUCGCUUAUUGGCUGUAAAUGCAUUGGAGCUUAUGUAAGAAACAAGAAGAAUCAAAACCAGAUUUGUUGGAUAUGGCAAAAAGUGAGAUCACAAGAUGAUAGGAGGUUCCAGCGGUUCUUAGAUAGUGUUGAGUAUAAUCACAAGGAUAUUUUACUCUAUGAGAGUGUUUUUGGCCAAGGCUUUGUGAGCACAGGAGGACUUGAAACAACAAAGGAAUUUGUGGCAAAGUUGGGACUAAAACCAGGCCAAAAAGUUUUGGAUGUUGGUUGUGGUACUGGGGGAGGUGACAUUUACAUGGCUGAAAAUUUUGAUGUUGAGGUAGUUGGCAUUGACCUGUCCAUAAACAUGAUUUCUCUUGCCAUUGAACGUGUAAUUGGGCUCAAAUGUUCAGUAGAAUUUGAAUGUGCAGAUUGCACUAAAAAUUCAUACCCUGAGAAUACAUUCCAUGUAAUCUAUUCCCGUGACACAUUGCUACACAUCAAAGAUAAACCAUCACUAUUUAGAUCAUUUUACAAAUGGUUGAAGCCUGGAGGUACACUUCUAAUUACUGAUUACUGCAAAAGUGUAGGAAGUCUAUCAGUAGGAUAUGCUGACUACAUACAAAAGGGAGGAUACUAUAUCCAUGAGAUGAAAACAUAUUCUCAGAUGCUCGAAAAUGCUGGAUUUAAUGAUGUCAUUGCCGAGGAUCAAUCUAAUUUGUUCAUGAAAACACUACAACAGGAAUUAAAUGCCCUUGAGAGCAAGAAGGAUGAUUUCAUUGAUGAAUUCUCGAAGGAAGACUACAAUAAAAUUAGUGAAAGAUGGAAGGCCAAGCAGAUGAGGGGUGCAGAUGGUGAACAAAUAUGGGGUUUGUUCAUUGCCCAGAAGAAAUGAUGCUUAAUUCUCUCAUCAUAUCUCUUAUUAUGCCUAUAUAUUUUGUUCAGUAGUAUGAACAGUUUUCCAGAUGACAGUUUGUAAAACUAUUUUGUUGUUAUUUAUAUCUUUUGAGAAAAGAAUGUUUGUGCAUUCUAGCACAAGAUAAACGAAACUUCUAUAUAUCCUCUUCCAUUUGAAUGUGAUGUUCAUGACUAA